GCAGACACAGAGACUACUGAAUUACUUAAGUGAAAAGCGAAACGAAACUUCUGACAGCCCGCCUUUCUCGGCACAGACAUGGCAGAGCCUCACAUCCCUGUGAGGAUGAAGCGCCUCUGCUGUCCCAUCUGCAGCGAGGUUCUCCGGAAACCUGCAACUAUUCCCUGUGGCCACAACUUCUGCACCCGGUGUAUCCAGGACCAGUGGGAUCACGAUGAGGGCAACGACUAUCCCUGCAGCUGUCCCGAGUGUGGCCAUAGUUUUCCCUCCAGACCGCAGCUGAUCAAGAACACAACUUUGGCUGACUUGGUGAGGGACUCGGAGAAGCGCGAUCCCAGCAGUGACAGGAGGGAAGUCUCCGCACAGGCCCUGAAGAGACCCCUGAGCUGGACCGAAACAGGAAUCCCUUUGUGCUGGAGGCACAGCAGCUCCCUGGAUGUUUACUGCUGCACAGAUGAGCAGAUCAUAUGUGCAGUGUGUGCGUCAGCUGAGCACACUGGACACACCAUUGGGUCAGUUAAAGGAGAAAGGAACAGAAAACAGGAGGAGCUGAAGAACAUACUUAUGAAGUCCAAGCAGAUUCUGAAGAAACAUGAAAAGAAAUGGAAGAACUUGGAGAAGACUCUCCAACAGAUUCAGGAGGAGGCGAGAAGUACGGAGAACUACUGUGAGAGUGUCUUGGCCAGCAGCAUUGAUUCCCUCCAGAGACAUUUCCUUUCAGUGAGGGAGCUGAUUGGAGCUCAGGAAGAGGCGGCAGCAGCUCAGCUUCAGAUCUGCCGACAAACCCUGCCAGUGAAGAUGGAGGAAAUGAGGAAGUGGAGUGCUGAGCUGGAGCGCCUGGCACAGACUGACAACGACACCCACUUUUUGCAGAAAUGGUCCUCUCUGCGGCAACUCUGUGAAGAAGAUCAUCUUCAUCCUGUCAAUGAGGUCCAAGAGGACCCAUUCUACCCCUUCAGGUUUACAAAGAGAGCUGUUGAUGAGCUUGAGAGGCAGCUGGAAGAAUUUUGUGACAAAACAUUAACCUCAAUCUCUCAAACUGGUGUCCCUGGUGUAAACAACACUCUGACCGUGGAGCCUAAAACCAGAGCAGAGUUCCUGCAAUAUGCAUGUGCCGUCAGUCUGGACCCCGACACAGCUCACAGGGACCUGGCUAUUUCUGUAGGAGACAAAGAGGUGAGGCUGAGCCCUCUCAAGUGCAAGGGCCCACCUGUUCGUCACCCUGAGAAGUUUAUCUACAGACGGCAGGUGCUGUGCAGGGAGGGGCUGCAGGCCGAGCGCUGCUACUACGAGGUUGAGGUGGAAGGAGACAAGGCUGAGAUUGCCCUCGCCUACAAAGGAAUAGACAGAAAAACCCGCACCGCACUGUCAGCUUUUGGGGGCAAUUCAAAUUCCUGGAGUCUUGAUCGCUCUGCAAACUACUCUGUCAGCCACAGGGGUGACAGCAUCCAGCUGAAAGCAUCCCCCAGUCAUCACAGGAUCGGUGUUUACCUGAGGUUCAAAGAGGGAUUGCUGUCUUUCUACGAGGUGUCGGACAGUAUGAGGUUUCUCUACAGGGCCGAAGCUAAAUUCACGGAGCCACUGUACCCUGGCUUCUGGCUUGGAGAGAAAUGUUGCAUCAGGAUCUGUGAUUUGAGAUGGAACUGACUGUGAAGAGUAUGGGUUUUGAUUUGAACUACUGAAGCAUUCAUCAGUCAAGGCCAUCACUGGAUUUACUCUUUUUGAUGUUUUUGUGAAGGUUGUUUAUGUUCUACGAUAUGAAGUAGCCCCGAAUUAAUCUGUAUUACAUUGUAGGUCCCUCUGACCCCUGUAUAUAUCACUUUUAUCGGGACCCCUUUGGCUUAUCUCAAGGACCUCUGCAAGUGCCUGCACCACAUCUUGGGUACCACCGUCUGACUCAAAGGACCAGCUUGUUUUUUUUACAAAAGAAACUGAAGAUGAACUCAACAUAACACAGCUUCUUCUCAAGUGUUUUUUAACUGUAUAUUUUCCAUGGCUGCUGUAUUUAUAUUUCUGUAAUACUUUUCUAUCUCAGUUCAGUAAAACUAUUACGCCCUGAAGCAACAUGUCCAGAUU